AUGCAGCAGAUUGAUAUUCCCGAAGCCAUCACAGCGCAAUUUCUAACGGGGUUUCCGGAAAACUGGAUGGUACUUGCGGAAGAAUAUUUCGACACCCUCAAAGCCAGCGCUCAGCAGUAUGCCAGUGACUCUGAGGACGAACGUCAUGCCAGAGACAUAGAGAGCUUUGCGCCCAAUACGAAACCCGAAGAGAAGGAGAGCCACGCCACUGCAGCAGGCGAACGGGUGCCUGCUGGAGAAGUCCACGAGCGCGAGAAAGACAUUGACGCUGUGCCUAGCAGUGGGGACGAAGAAACUUCUGUGGCCACAGAGAAGAGCACCUCCGUCAAGAAAAAACCUCAGUCACCGGCAAAGAACGCCCUUAAACCCCCCACCACGGCGAGAAAAACCCCUACCAAGGUGGGAAAAACCCAUACCACGCGCGCCACCCGCUCACACCCCGAGGUCAUUGUGCCGGCGGCUACAGAACCGACUCAGACGAGUACCACGAAAAAGAGUACUACGAUAAGGAAGGCUGGGCGCGCCCGUGCGGGCAGCGAUGGUGGCUCGGAUCACGAGGACCGAAGAGAUACCAAACGGACACGGACAAGUACCCAGUUACCGCAGGAGAAUCGGGUAAUUGCUCGCGAGGCCACAAAUACAGCCCAAAUCACCGAUCCUGAAGCCGAAAUACCCUCCAUAACCAAACAGAAUAGUUCCCAUAUCCAGGAGCCGUUAGCCGUAGCACAUGCGAGUGCCCUGUUGUGCUGUGUGUCUUGUGCCCCUUCACAGACUUGGCUGCAGACGUAG